GCAUAAUUUAUCGGUGCAGAAUCUUCCAGCUACAUACCUUUCUAAAUCAAGGCACAUUGCCCCCUGGAUGGAUGUUUCUUGAACCUAUACUUUUGCGUAGAUCAACCCUAACCAUUAGCAUCCACUUCAUCAAUGGCAAGUACAAGCUCUCUCAAACCAGUUUCUUCCCUUAAACUAUUCAAUCUUGAAUCACUUUCCAACAUCGAAUCCCAUUAUGACAAGCUUGCGUUUAAGCUUUCAAAUCCACUUUUAACUAAAUCUGUCCAGAUCUCGACGACCCACCAAGCCUUCUCCGCCAGAAGACCCUCCAAAGAUGCCUCGACAAAAGCAUUCUUCUUCAACAUCGGCAAACCAAAGCCAGAACCAACUAAAGUUCAAGAACUAUAUGUGUAUGAGAUUAAUGAAAGGGACAGGGGCAGCCCAGCAUACUUGAGACUUAGCAAAAAGGACGCAAAUUCUCUAGGUGAUCUAGUUCCAUUCAGCAAUAAGCUCUACACAGGUGAUUUGCAGAAGAGAUUAGGCAUAACAUCAGGAUUAUGUGUGCUGAUAAAACAUGUUCCUGAGAAGAAAGGUGAUCGUUAUGAGGCUAUCUACAGCUUCUAUUUUGGUGACUACGGUCACAUUUCAGUCCAGGGGCCAUAUUUGACUUACGAGGACACACAUCUGGCUGUGACCGCUGGAUCAGGAGUAUUCGAGGGGGUGCAGGGUGUGGUGAAGCUGCAGCAGAUUGUGUUCCCAUUUAAGCUGUUCUAUACAUUUUAUUUAAAGGGAAUUAAGGAUUUGCCAGCUGAGUUGGUGGUUAAGCCAGUGGUGCCAACAGCUACUGCUGAACCAUCAGCUGCUGCUAAGGCUACUGAGCCUCAGGCAACCAUCCCUAACUUCACUGAUUGAUAGGGAGGUUGAUCCAAGGAAUUAGCCACAAUUAUUCAAGCAUUAAUUAGUUUUGCAGCAAGAGCUGUCCAAUAAAUGCUUGUACUGGUUUAUCGUUUGUACUAUUUAGAAUGGUUUUUUUCUCUCCUACCAGCAUCAUUGACCAAAUGUCUCCCA